CCCACCCCAAAAAAUUUCCACUGCUCCUCUUUCCUCUUCCCAAACCCUAGAGACUGCUCCUCCGCUUCCCUCGCACAGGUGAUUGAAAGGGUCUACAGGCAGACGUUUCUUCAGAUUCUUCUACAUCAAUGGCUCCUAAAGUUUUAACAGCUGGGAAGUUCUCAUUUUGUGAUUCUAGUACUGGGUUUCUGGCGAUUUCCCAGCGAGGGCGUUUCAGGAGCCAUUGAAGGUGUUAAACAUGAAUAAAAGCUCGAAACGUUUUCAUCUUCUAGAUGAGGAUCUUACAAUAGGAUUUCAGUGACCUGUUGAAAAGUGGUGUAAAUGUGUUUGCAGAUGAACGGUUUGUAAUGUGCUUGUUGAUGUUACAGUAUUGUACCUCGCAAUGGAAAAAAAGAAAUGGUUGUGGAAGAGGAAGUCUUCUGACAAAAGCACCGGCGAAACUGAGAGUUCAGGUUCGAUAUCUUCGCAUUCAGAGAGAUACUCUGAUGAUCAG